GGCCUCAAUGACUCAACGCCUUGGCCGCUCUGUCGCCUCCCGAAAGGUAGGCCUCAGCGGGUGCAAAGAAGGCGAUGGCGCUCGGUCGCCUCAGGCUGGUGCCCGCUAUAUGGCGCCCAUGCGGGGCUUCCAGGCGUGCCUUCGGCGUUGUGCCGCGCCGUGAGCCCUUUCUGUUCACUCCAGGGCCACUCACAGUGUCGGGGCCUGUGAAGCAGGCGAUGCUGGUGGACUAUGGCAGCAGAGAUAAGCUUUUCUUGGACACCGUGGUGGACGUGCGCAAGUCUCUCCUCUCCUUGGCGGGCGUGUCCAAGGAGAAGGGCUACGAGUGCGUCCUCAUGCAGGGCUCCGGCACCGCGGCGGUGGAGGCGAUGCUCGGCACCGUGCCGAAGAACGCCAAGGUUCUGCUGGUGAUCAAUGGCGCCUAUGGUCACAGACAGACGGCACUUUGCGAAUACAUGGGCAUCGACCAUGAGGUCUUGGCGUUUGAGGACUCCGAGCCGGUGCGGGUGGCGGAGGUGUUAGCGGCGCUGCGUGGCAAAGACUUCACGGACGUGUCGGUGGUGCACCAUGAGACGACGGCGGGCGUCAUCAAUCCCUUGGAGGAGCUGGUGAAGAAUGUGAAGUCCGAGUUUCCCACUGUGCGAGUGCUGGUGGAUUCCAUGAGCGGCUUCGGCGCCUAUCCGCUGGACAUGGCCUGGGGCAUCGACUUCGCGGUGAGCUCCGCCAACAAGUGCAUCGAGGGGGUGCCUGGCUUCGCCUACGUGAUCUGCCGCCGGGACGCCUUGGAGAAGUCCAAGGGCAAUGCUCGAAGUCUCACCAUGGACGUCUACGACCAGUGGGCGAACAUGGAGAAGACUGGGCAGUUCCGCUACACACCCCCGACCCACGCCAUCUUGGCCUUUCGCCAGGCGUUGGCCGAGUUCCAGCAAGAGGGCGGCCGCACUGCACGGGCGGCUAGAUAUCAAGCCAACUACGAGGUGCUUGCGCGUGAAAUGCAGGGUAUGGGCUUCGAGUUCUAUGUGCCGGAGGCGUGCAGAUCCUAUUGCAUUUGCACCUUCAAGACGCCAGAGCAUCCGAACUUCGACUUCCAAACCUUUUACAACCUGCUGGCUGAGCAAGGCUUUGUGAUCUAUCCCGGCAAGAUGUCCAAGGGCAAUUCCUUCAGAAUAGGCAUUAUCGGCCGGCUCUUUCCAGAGGACUGCGAGCAGCUUUGCCUGGCGGUGCGAAGGGCCUGUGGCACAAUGAAGGUGCCACUGCCACUCUGAGAGCAGCCAGAAGGGCCGGA